AUGAAAUUGAUCCAGAUGCUUAGAGGGGAGUGUCAAGUCGAUGUUGCGGUGGAGGCUAUGAUGUUUGAUAUUAAGGUGCUUGCUGGCAGGCUCCAACAGGUUGUUUUUUUAGCUACUCCCCGUCAGUGUAAUAAGGCGGCGCACGAGGUUGCGGCCUUUGUGUCUAGAGUAGGUGGUAACCACAUUUGGGACCGAGUGUGGCCCGAGUGGAUUUUUGAUAUUUUAGCUAGUGAUGUAAACUUAGCUAUUCGUCUCUAA